UUUUUUUUUAAUGAGGUGACAGGUAUUGACAAGUUUUUAACACUCCACAGAAUGUGCCAUUCUGAAAGCAUCACAGAAAAGAAAUUAAGAAGGUGAUAAAACUCAGUUACUAAUACAAACACGACGAGAGCUCGUGAAGGCAGAGCUGGACUCUCGUCUCUAGGACAUAAUUACGUAGUAGCCGCAUUCGCGGCGGCCUUACUUUGCGGGAGCCGCAUCCCCCCGCGGGCGGAGAGGAGCGGAAGAACCCAAGUUCUGCUCCAGUUGAAAGGGCAGCCACCGGGUCCUACUCGGGCUCAGCGCCGAGCCUCCCAGCGGUCCCGCCUCCCGGGGACCUUCCAGAGUGGUCGGCGCUUCCGCGACGCAGCCCGAAAGGCGGGGACCACCGCAGGAGUGAGUGACUUAGGCGUCCACCGCACUGCCUGACUCAAAGCGCGAACCCGAGUUGUGCCCAGCCUCCGACCAUGCGAUGGAAGCGGGUCAUAGAAGGCCAGGUACACCAGGGGUUGGAAAAACCACACUAGGCAAAGAACUUGCGGCAAGAUCAGGACUGAAAUACAUUAAUGUGGGUGAUUUAGCUCGAGAAGUCUGAUCACCGGAUAUCAUGGAGUCUGGCAAGAUGGCAUCUCCCAAGAGCAUGCCG